ACGAUAAUUGGCUAUCGUGCUCAGCGACAAGGUCCGUGCUUUGAUACUUCUAAAGCCAAAUAUAACGUAAUCCAAGGCAUACUAGUUAUUUUUCUAUGCUAUGUAUAGGCCAGUCAAGCUCCUCAGGUUUACCUUCGAAAGAUACACCUAUGGCAGAAGCAUCAGCCUCAUCUGUUGGCCAAAACACCUCAUCCGCAGAAGAGUCCUCAAUAUUGGUCUCGCCGAGGGAGCAACCAGAGGACGUCGCUUUGAAAGAGCCGUGGAAAUCAUUGACACAAGCUGCGAUAAACAAGAUUCGUGGCCACAGCAUCAACAGUCUCGAGAAUUUGAGCUGCGAAGGCCUGUCUGGUAUCGAAAGCCAUCUGUUUGAACGGAUUCUCUCCUACUUGGCGAUAGAUAACCUUUCCCCACUCGAGCUCAAGGACUUGUUUGUGGCGCUCACCGGCAUUAUCGAUCUCCGAGUCACAACGUAUAAGGACCUCACGUCGGCCGUCCCAGCUCUGGAGGAGAAAGAUCCGGAACUCGAUCAGCUCCUGAAGCAGCUGUCCAAGUUCCUUCGGCUCGGUCUUCGGACAUUGGUUUUGAAAUGCGACGUUAUGCUAGGUGGACUGGCAAAGAAGGAGCUUGAGGGCACCGACGCACCCCCCCAAAUGGCCAUCAUACGUCUUGUUCGCUAUCUCGCAAGCAUUAUAGACGAAGGGAGUCAACCAGUCUCUGAAAGUGAGGUAGUGGCGGUAUGGAAAGAGUGUUUGCAGAUUCUGAGCAAUGGGAAACUCAAGUUCCUGAGCGGCGGGCACGUUUGCAGAGCUACGCAGACGCAAAAGCGACUGUUUAUUACUCAGUUCAAGGUGCAUGAGGAAACUAAGAGUGGUCGCAAGGUCGAUUUACUCCUCCGCGUCGGGAACCUGGAGGUCCUCAAUACGGAAGUGAAGCCAAACGAUGACCAAAGCGCUGGGGAUAAACAGUACAAGAAAAACAUCAGGAUAAACCACACGACCUUUCAGACAGCUGCGCGUCGUGGACUGGAGCUCCCUCCGAUGCUCCCCCUUGAUGUUCGAGGUCUAUGUGCGAUCGUUUGCUGUAUCAAGCAGGCAAGCGAUAACAUCCUAGUUGCAGGCCCUGCCUGCAGUAAUUUGAUAGUUCUGCCAAGCUCCAAAGAAGACCUCGAAAAGUUCUUGUGCGGAAGUUCACCCCAGAUCUUUUGGCAAUAUGUGGUAUGUUUAUUUCUGCUGCACUCUUCUGUAUUGUCUUGUGUCACAACUAAAUUGUGUCUUUUGUAGCAACUAUUGCUUCAAUAUCAAAAAGCAAUAGAAGAACUAUUGGACAAGAACCGGGCCAUAUCCAUAAUAAGGCCCAGUGGACAUCAGUCAAACACAUGUACUCCACCGCCAAGAUUGCACAGUAUUGGUGAUAUCACCUUUUUUACGCUCAAGAGGUCGACACAUUUGUGCUAUGCAGGGUG